UUUGCCUUAUCAUCUUUGUAGAUUUGAUAAUGGGCUGCAUUAAAAGUAAAGAGAACAAAAGUCCAACCAUUAAAUAUAGACCAGAAAACACUCCAGAACCUGUCAGUACAAGUGUCAGCAAUUAUGGAGCAGAACACACUGCAGUGGCACCAUCAUCUGCAGCAAAGGGAACAUCUGUUAAUUUUAGCAGUCUUUCCAUGACACCAUUUGGAGGAUCCUCAGGAGUGACACCUUUUGGAGGAGCAUCUUCCUCAUUCUCAGUGGUGCCAAGUUCAUAUCCUGCUGGUUUAACAGGUGGUGUUACUAUUUUUGUGGCCUUAUAUGAUUAUGAAGCUAGAACUACAGAAGACCUUUCAUUUAAGAAGGGUGAAAGAUUUCAAAUAAUUAACAAUACGGAAGGAGACUGGUGGGAAGCAAGAUCAAUUGCUACAGGAAAGAAUGGCUAUAUCCCCAGCAAUUAUGUAGCCCCUGCAGACUCCAUUCAAGCAGAAGAAUGGUAUUUUGGCAAAAUGGGGAGAAAAGAUGCUGAAAGAUUACUGCUGAAUCCUGGGAAUCAACGAGGUAUUUUCUUAGUAAGAGAGAGUGAAACUACUAAAGGUGCUUAUUCCCUCUCUAUUCGUGAUUGGGAUGAGGUAAGGGGUGACAAUGUGAAACAUUACAAAAUUAGGAAACUUGACAACGGUGGAUACUAUAUCACAACUAGAGCACAAUUUGAUACUCUGCAGAAAUUGGUAAAACACUACACAGAACAUGCUGAUGGUUUAUGCCAUAAGUUAACAACUGUGUGUCCAACUGUGAAACCCCAGACUCAAGGUCUAGCAAAAGAUGCUUGGGAAAUCCCUCGAGAAUCUUUGCGACUAGAGGUUAAACUAGGACAAGGAUGUUUUGGUGAAGUAUGGAUGGGAACAUGGAAUGGAACCACAAAAGUAGCAAUCAAAACACUAAAACCAGGUACAAUGAUGCCAGAAGCUUUUCUUCAAGAGGCUCAGAUAAUGAAAAAAUUGAGACAUGAUAAACUUGUUCCACUAUAUGCUGUUGUUUCUGAAGAGCCAAUUUAUAUUGUCACUGAAUUUAUGUCAAAAGGGAGCUUAUUAGAUUUCCUGAAGGAGGGAGAUGGAAAGUAUUUGAAGCUCCCACAACUGGUUGAUAUGGCUGCUCAGAUUGCUGAUGGUAUGGCAUAUAUUGAAAGGAUGAACUAUAUUCACCGAGAUCUUCGGGCUGCUAAUAUUCUUGUAGGAGAAAAUCUUGUGUGCAAAAUAGCGGAUUUUGGUUUAGCGAGGUUAAUUGAAGACAAUGAAUAUACGGCAAGACAAGGUGCAAAAUUUCCAAUCAAAUGGACAGCUCCUGAGGCUGCACUAUAUGGUCGAUUUACAAUAAAAUCUGAUGUAUGGUCAUUUGGAAUUCUGCAGACAGAACUGGUAACAAAAGGCAGAGUGCCAUAUCCAGGUAUGGUCAACCGUGAGGUGCUGGAACAGGUAGAACGAGGAUAUAGGAUGCCUUGCCCCCAGGGCUGUCCAGAAUCCCUGCAUGAAUUGAUGAAUCUUUGUUGGAAGAAGGACCCUGAUGAAAGACCAACAUUUGAAUAUAUACAGUCCUUCCUGGAAGACUACUUCACUGCUACAGAGCCACAGUACCAGCCAGGAGAAAAUUUAUAAUCCAAGUAGCCUAUUUUAUAUGCACAAAUCGCCAAAAUGUAAAGAACUUGUAUAGACUUGCUCAUUUCUGUACAGGAAUCAAAAGAAGAAAAUCUUCACUCUGCAUGGUUUUUAAUGGUAAACUGGAAUUCCAGAUAUGGUUGCACAAGACCACUUUUUUUUUUUUCCCCAAGUGUUAAACUCUAAAGUACCAAUGAUGAAUUUUCCAACUUAUUUCAGGGUCCAAAGAAAGUAUAGCUAAGAUAUGGAUGUCAGUGUGAGAGACAGCAUGACAAUGAAGAGCAGAAAGGCUACUAUUUAUAAAUCACUUCCUUUCUUUUAUUCCCCAAAUUCAGAACUAUUAAGAAAAAAUUAUCAUAGACAAAACUUGGGAGAUAAAAAGUUAUACCAUAAUAAAAUCUAAAAUCAAGGAACUUCAUGGGACCAAACAAUUCCAUUCCAGUUUUUAAGAAUUUCUUGCAUUCACUAUUCUCAAAGGUUUUUUCUAUGUUGAACAGUUAAUAUGCAGUCUUAAUAUAUGCCUCCUAUUGCAUGGAAAUGGGCCAAGUUUUUAGAAGCAAAAAGGAAAAUAAACACUAUCUAAAACUUAGUUAAAUGUUAGACAACAGCAGUGGAAUUUGAAAGUAUAAUGCACUGUGUUAAUACUCAAACUCAUGGAACUGGAAAGUAGAAAAGAAAUUUUUCACUUUAAUCAUUUUCUGAAUAGCUCAGUUUAGAAUAAUGAAGGUAACUAGAAAGUGAGUUAAUUUUUUAUAAGGUUGCAUUGAUUUUUUUCAAAAAUGCAAUAUAUAAUUAAAAUUGUACUAUCCAAUCCAAGGG